AUGCCGGGAGGAACAAAAGAAUACGUUGACGUUCGUUGUUGUUUGAUGACUUCAAAAGACCUGUUUUUUUGGUAUGUGGAUGGAAUGACGGAGGCGAUAAGUCUUGCUGGUAUGACAAUAAUGUGUGAGGGGAAGGAUCAGCCGGAUUAUGGGGUCGACCUUUCGCCAUGCUCACCACGUGGUGAAGAGAUCAUGCGAAUGCGACAGGAACUGGAAGCAGCGCGUCAAUCAAUAGCUGAAAAAGACGAGAAGAUGUGCCGUCUGUCUCGAAUACAGGAUACGGUGGACGCAGAAGUUCAAGAGUUGACCGAGAAGCUUUUUCAAGAGGCAUACAGGAUGGUUAACUAUGCAGAAGAACGUCGUGAACGAGCUGAAAGGUUGCUGAAUGAGUCUAAGUUGCAGGUUGAGGUCUUGUCAGCUGAGGUCUCUGCACUGAAAGUCCUUGUCCAAACCCCUGGCAUGGGCCAUAAUCAUUUCCUGCGCACCUCUCCAGAGCACAAAUCCGCUCUGGCAAAAUUGUUCUCGACGUCGUCUGCAGCGAAACGAUCAAGUUCGUCUGGUGCUGUCGCAACACGAAAAUCAUCAACGCUGCCACCGUCAACUGUACAUCUAUCUCGAGAAAGAGAAAAGGAUACUGAGCAAAAAUUAGCGGAGGCUGUUGAGGAGGUGGACCCGAUACUAAUGUCCGAGUUCACCUCAUGGCGAGAAGCCGGUCAUCCGUUUGUGCACCAUCCGUUCAUGGAUCGCGUCAAUACGGAAGAGAUCUCACCAUGUAUGCUAUUUCAUGCGAAAGAGCUGUCCGACGCAAUUCUUGAUUCUAUAGCGGCCAAUAAAUUGGAAUUGGAACCGGUACAUGAAGAGAAACCGUCGAUAAUGCCUUGUGCGCUUACAAACGUUUCACGAUUUUGUCCUUAUCGUGUUCGAGUUUCCGAAGACGACGAAUGGCAUCGGAUAUCGCUCCUGGCAAGGAACCGAAUAGCUGCCGUUUGCGAUUACUACACGUUCAUUCGCUAUCUAAGACAAGGUUUGAUCAAGUCCGGUGUUCGCGACACAUAUUUCGACGUGAUGACCUUACGAAAAAACAUGAGCCUAGCAAAACUCGGACUUGGAUUCGUGCCAAAAACCAAUCUACGGCCAGGGUUCUAG